UUCUCUUCCCAACACAACCCUCUGCAAAGAAAGGAAAAUGUCGCCCAAGAUCACCCUCUACACCAACCGGCUCUGCCCCUGGGCUCACCGGGCCCACAUUGCCCUCAUCGAGCUGGGUCUCGACUACGAGGAGGUGACCAUCGAUCUGGACACCCCGCGGGAGCCCUGGUAUCUGAAGAUCAACCCGCGCGGUCUGGUCCCCGCUCUCUCCUACGACGGGACCAUCAUCCUAGAGUCCGCCAUCAUCGCCCAAUUCCUCGUCGAUGCCUAUCCCUCCCACCUGCUUCCCCCCUCCCACACCCCCGAAGGCGCCCUGCAGCGCGCCCGUUCCACCUUCUUCGUCGACACCUGGGCCUCCAAGAUCUCCUCGUUGUACAACGCCACUCUGCGAUCGACGGACGCCGAGCGCCGCGCCUCGAGCGACGCCUUCGUCGCGGCGGUGAAGAAGGAGAUUGAGCCGCUCAUCUACCCCGACCCCUCCCGCCGGGGACCCUUCUUCGAGGGCAGCGAGAAGCUCACCUUCGUCGAGGUGCUGCUGGGCUCCUUCCUGCUGCGCUUGUUCUCCCUCUCCAAGCCCGAAUACGGCCUCUUCCCGGCAGACCUGAAGUCGACCCUGGAAAAGGAGACCCCGGCGUUCAAGCGGUGGGCGGAGGCGACGAUCGCGCAUCCGAGCGUGAAGGCAAUCUACAACGAGGAAGCCGUUGCGACGCGCACGGUGCGGCGGUAUGGAAACAAAUAGGGUGCGGUGGUCGUUGCGAGGCUGUAGUGGUGGGGGUGCGGUGCGGGGACCCAGUUUUUGUACGCACAGCCGGGCUGCGGCGUGAUGUAACUGUAACCCUCACUCAUUACUUCAUUCUAUUUCCUGGAUGACCUCAGUCGCAGCCGGCGUUGCUCGGUGUUACAUACGCCGGACUGGCAUAAAUCAGAAAAUCAAAGUACAGUAUAAACCUCCCCGGAUGUGCCUGGUGUCCCACGGUGUCCCGCGAGUUCCC